AAAUCAUUACUUUUUGCACCUUCUGAGAUUUCCCUUCUCGUGUUCCCCACCUAGAAGGUCGCCUCCCCAGCUGCAGCCAGGAAAAGCAUGGACGCCGCCCAGAAGGAAGCUGCCAUCUUAUGUGUAGUGCAGUCGGGGACGCUAAUGAUGGAGUACCUGAGAGCCAGUGGGGAGGCGUCGUCCGCUGCGGCUUCCCGACGCCGGUGGGCGUUUUUGCACUCUCUGGGGCAGAGAGGCUAUGAGGAAGAGGAGGAGGAGGAGGAAGAAUCGGAGGAGGAGGAAGAAGAGGAAGAGGAGGAGGUCUUGCUUGCUCGGCAGACUUCCAGUUCUGGAUUUCGGCGCGGCGGGCGUCUCCGUUCAGUGGAGCGGCGCUUCUGGGCCCGCCCCCGGAGCACCGAAUGGUGGGACCGCACCGUGUUGGAGACCUGGGACGACAGCCAGUGGCUACAGAAUUUUCGGAUGCGCAAGUCGACUUUCCUGGAGCUUUGCGCCCGGCUCUCUCCGGCUCUGCAGCGCCAGAAGACGCGGAUGAGGAUCCCCCUGAGCGUGGAGAAGCGCGUGGCCAUCGCCCUCUGGAAGCUGGCGACCUCCGUCUGCUACCGCGACGUGGGCAACCAGUUUGGCGUCGGCAGGUCCACCGCUGGCUCGGUGGUGCUGGAGGUGUGCCGGGCCAUCCAGAGGGUGCUGAUGCGCACCACGGUCACCGUGGGCAACAACCUGCCAGAAAUCAUCCAGGGCUUCCAGGGGAUGGGGUUCCCCAACUGUGCCGGUGUGGUGGGCACCAGCCACAUGCCUAUUCUGUGCCCUCCUCACCAGGCGGCUGAGUACGUCAACACCAAGGGGUAUUACUCAAUGGCUUUGCAAGCGUUGGUGGACCACCGGGGGAAGUUCACUCACCUGAGCGCCGGUUGGCCGGGGAAAACUCACGAAGCGAAGAUCUUCAACAAGUCCACCUUGUUCACCAAAGGGCAGGAAGGGACCCUCUUUGCCCCGAACCCGGUAGACAUCAAUGGGGUAUCUGUGCCCCGAGUCAUCCUAGGAGGCCCGGCUUACCCUCUCCUCCCGUGGCUGAUGGUCCCUUACACGGAAGACAUGGAUGGUGCCAAGGAAUCGUUCAACGCCACCUUGAGCCGGUGCCAGGAGCCCCUUGAGGAGGCUUUCAGCAGGCUGAAGGGCAGAUGGCGGUGCCUGACAGGCCGAAACGACUGUGCCGUGGAGAACCUUCCCCGGCUCAUCUCGGCCUGCUGCGUCUUGCACAACAUCUGCGAGGAGAAAGGGGAGGCCUACGAGGAAACGUGGGAGGCCGAGGCCAAGCAGCUGGCCGCCACCUUCGAGCAGCCCCUCCAGCGGCCCGACACGCGCAUUAAGCCCGCGGCCCGGUCCGAGAGGGUCCGUGAGGCCCUCUGCGCGUACAUCGCCAGCGUGGCAUGAGAGACGUGGCGACCCUGGCGGAGUUGGAUUGUUCUGGCUCCAAGUGGAGGGGAGGCUGAUAUGGGCUAACUGUGGGCUUUCAGGCCUGAGGCCUACCAGGGCCUCCAUCCCACACCGCCUCAAUUUGGCUUAAGUCCCACUGAACUCAGAGGGACUUCCUUUUG